AUGGCGAUUACCUUCCGGUUCCCCGUGGGCCUCAGCAACAGCAUGGACCACAUCGCCUGUGAACUACUGGCUGUGGUCCGGCUGGCCGGUGUGGACACCUCCACCAAUGAGGAGGCCAUCACGGCGUCCAGCGUCAUCUUGCUCGUGACUUCCAGCAGACUGGUUCUGCUGUCCUGUGUCCAGAUUGCUGCCAAUAUCCUGAAGAUCUGGUUCCCUGAGGGAAUGGAGAGCACGACCACUCAAGCCAAUGUGUGUGUCAGCCCCGAGUUCCCUCCCCCAUCGCCCCCUGAGGAGAGCAACAGAGAAAAUCUGCUUCAGUUUCCUCUCAGAGAGGAACCCCUGACCCCCACCUGUCCUGAUUUUUCCCUCGAACGCCUGGAGACCUACGGGCUCGUAGGAAUGCCCAACCAGACAUGGGGGGCGGAAUUCAUACUGCUGGGGCUCUCCAGGGACUGGAGGACCCAGGCUUCUCUCUUCGUGCUAUUCCUGGUCAUGUACAUGCUGACUCUGAUGGCAAACUUUCUCAUCCUGGUCCUCAUCUGGCUGGACUCCCGGCUCCACUCCCCUAUGUACUUCUUCCUGGGCCAUCUGUCCCUCAUCGACGUCUGCUAUGCCUCCAGUGUCAUCCCCCAGCUGCUCGCCCACCUGCUUGUAGUGAGGAAGGCCAUUCCCUACCUGCGCUGUGCCACUCAGCUCUACUUCUCCCUCGCCCUGGGUGGGAUUGAGUUCCUGCUCCUGGCCGUGAUGGCAUUUGAUCGGUAUGCAGCCGUUUGCCGGCCGCUGCGCUACCCAGCCAUAGUGACCAGGGGUCUCUGCACCUGGCUGGCGGCUGCUUGCUGGGUAGGGGGCUCCCUGAACUCGCUGCUGCAGACAACAAUCACCUUUCGGCUCCCCAUGGGCCACAGCAACAGAAUCGACCACAUCUCCUGUGAACUCCUGGCCGUAGUCCGGCUGGCUGGCAUGGACACCUCCGCCAAUGAGGCGGCCAUCGUGGCAUCCAGCGUCGUCUUGCUCGUGACACCCUGCGGGCUGGUCCUGCUGUCCUACAUCCGGAUCGCCACCGCGGUCCUGAAGAUCCGGUCCCCCAAGGGCCGGCAGAAGGCCUUCAACACAUGCGCGGCCCACCUGACCGUGGUGGCCCUGUGUUACGGGAUGGCCAUCUUCCUCUAUAGCCAGCCCCACUCCGGACGCGGCCUCUCGGCUCUGCGUGAGAAGCUCAUCUCUCUGUUCUAUGCCCUCCUGACGCCUGUACUGAACCCUGUGAUCUACAGCCUGAGAAACGAGGAGAUGAAGGCGGCUGGACGGAAACUGCUGGGACGAUGUCGAGAGCUGAGGUCAAAGGAGUCCUUCCAAGCCAGCAAAGCUCAGGAGAUGACGCAGAAGCCACAAGCUGCAUUUUUCCAACACUCUCCUCCCCGGAGGGAGUGGAGGCCUUAUUCCUCCACCGCACUGGACACCUCCACUAUAAACCACCAUCCACAUGGAUCAGACAGUGAUUACUUUUCCAUUCUAUGUGUGCUUCGAGAGGGCCUGCCGCCCUUUUUCUUAGGUGGAUUCGACAACUUUUCCUGGGGCCCCAGCUCGGAUCUUCACACAGAGGAGCCUUUGUGCCCCCCACCCGCCAAGGCUGCUGUGUCCUGGUUGGUGGCUGGGGAAGGAUUGUCUCGGAAAUAG